CCAGCAGGCCCUUUGUAUUUUACGGUUUGUUUUGAGUUGAGUUGAGUUGGACAGGGAACACUAAGCGAAGCUAAACGGUCCUUUUUUCAAGUUUUUAAGGUUUUAUUUAAGCAAGGGCCCUCACAAUUAGCGUAUUCGCCAUGGAAAUUCACGCUUUGCGCAAUGCAAACAACCUUGUUUUUAUCGGUGGCAAAGGCGGCCCUGUAAACGGCGCAGCGAAGAGGGCCGUGUUUGGCGAACUGUCCAACUUUAACGUUAUCCACAAACCAGUUCAGAAUAAGAAGGUUCAACCCGUGCUGCCUGUAAAACCAAUUGCUGUUGUGCAACCCAAACGUGCCCAGGUACAGCACGAGAUCCCCCAGCCUGCCCCAGCGUUGCCCCCUGCUCAAGCUGAUGUGAGCAUGAAGGAAGAGGAACUCUGUCAAGCCUUUUCCAACACUCUCUUUCCAGUCGAAGACAUCGAUGAAGGGGAUGCUGACAUGCCACAGCUGUGUCCUGAAUAUGUGAAGGACAUCUAUGCGUAUCUGCGAAGGCUUGAGAGUAAGCAGUCUGUUCGUCCUCUUUACAUGCGUGGCUAUGAUAUCAAUGGACGGAUGCGCGCUCUCCUGGUUGACUGGCUGAUUCAGGUGCACUCGAGAUUUCAACUCCUGCAGGAAACUUUGUACAUGACCGUAGCCAUCCUUGAUCGCUUUCUCCAGGUCCAGCCUGUGACCCGUAAGAAGCUCCAGCUAGUGGGUGUUACCGCAAUGCUGAUUGCUUGUAAAUACGAGGAAAUGUAUGUGCCGAUGGUUGGGGACUUUGCCUACAUUGUGGACGAUGCCUUCACAAAAGCCCAGAUCCGAGAGAUGGAGAUUCUGAUUCUCAGUGAGCUGAACUUUAAACUCGGACGUCCUCUGCCCCUGCACUUUCUGCGGAGGGCUUCAAAAGCUGGGAAUGCGGAUGCUGAGAAACAUACACUGGCAAAAUAUUUCCUUGAACUGACACUACUUGACUAUGACAUGGUCCACUUUAACCCUUCUGAGACUGCAGCUGCUGCUCUGUGCCUCUCUCAGCUUGUGCUUGAUGGCCAAAAAUGGUCGCCAACCCAGCAACACUACUCUACCUAUGAUGAGGCCCACCUGAAGCCUAUCAUGCAGCAUAUUGCCAAAAAUGUGGUUCUGGUCAAUGAAGGGCUCACAAAGCAUGUGACAGUGAGAAAGAAAUACUCCAGCAGUAGGCUCAUGAAGAUCAGCCUUCUUCCACAGUUGAAGUCGUCAUUUGUGAAGGAUCUGGCUGCUCCUCUGCUGUCCAGAUCUUGAGAAUUGUGUUGGAAUGGACACUAAAACCUGCACUUUAUUUUGUUUCAGCCAUUUUGGGAGAUGGACUGCUGCUUUUUAAACUAAUGUACAUAUUCUUGGAUCGUCUGUAUAAAUAAACAUUUGUUUCUACUUUU